CUAUUAUACUUCUAAAUUGUUACUUUUUGCAUGUAUUAGCUAGACAUUGUAACUUCAUUUCCAGUCUUGUGAUUAUUUAUACUUUGUGAAAAUGACUUCAAUAGUAUCAAUAAUUCCGAAGCUGUACCAAGAAUACGCAAAUAAAACUUCAAAGAAACUUAAAAUCGUAGAUGCGUAUUUGUUGUACGUUUUCUUGACCGGUGUUAUUCAGUUCAUUUAUUGUUGUCUGGUUGGCACUUUUCCAUUCAAUUCAUUCCUUUCUGGAUUUAUUUCUUGUGUUAGUUCAUUUGUACUUGGCGUGUGUUUGCGGUUACAAGUGAAUCCCGAAAACAAAAAUGAGUUCUCAGGGUUAAGUGCUGAGCGAGGAUUUGCAGAUUUCAUAUUUGCACAUUUAGUCCUUCAUAUUGUAGUUAUGAAUUUCAUUGGAUAAAUAGUUUUUCACAAUAUAUAUGUGGUGUUAAUAUAUCAUUCAAUACAGUGAGUCUAUAAUAAUUUUAAUACAGUGAGGGCAUGGUCAAAAAAUGGUUUCAUCUUAGGUACCUACUUUCUAAAAUAAAAUCAUUUGAAUGUUUA